CCGACUCGGCCUGGUAACACGGUUGCUUUAUGACCAUUGAAUAAGCUAGAGAUCGUUCUAUUUCAGGCAAAUUGUAACAGAUGGCUUCUAAUAUAUAACAAGAUGCUGCCGCCUUUGAGACACCCUUUGUGUUGGGCUUUACCAAGUCGACUUAGCCGCCCUUCGUCUCUACCCUUCCUUUGCCGGCCGACUUGUUUAACUUCUCGACUGCAGCGUGCUGACGGUGCAACGAUUUCGACGGCGAGCACGAUAGAUACAGGAUUGGAAUUUGAAAUAAACCCCCAUACUUACACGAGCGGUCGGUGGUUGCGGCGUGACAGACUGGAGACUGAUUCGCGCUACAUCCAGUUCAACUUUGGUGCUCUUUGCAAAAAGGUUAUUGAGCUAUGCCCUGGAGCAAGUCACAUAAAGGCUUGUCGAAAAAUUGAAGGUGGCUUCAACAGAGUCUUUAUCUUCACCCUGGACAGCGCGAAGACCAUCGUCGCAAGGCUCCCGUUUCGGUUGGCAGGACCUGCGCAACUGACCACUCUUUCUGAGGUUGCUACAGUUCGUUACCUACAAACGAAGACGAAUAUUCCCAUACCAAGAAUUCUCGACUACAAUUAUGACGCCAGUGAUGAAACGAAUACUGUCGGUAGCGAGUACAUCAUCAUGGAACAUGCAACUGGCGUUCCACUACAUGAGAAAUGGCAUGAAAUGGCCGGCGACCAGAAAGUCAGGUGCAUACAUGCAAUCUACCGGACGAUCAAAGAAAUCGCCGAUUUGGAAUUCCCCGCUUUUGGGAGCAUGUACUUCGAGGAUACUCUUGGAUCUGCUCGCAAAGUGCCCUUAGAUGAUGGCUUUUGUAUUGGGCCUCACUGCGGUACUAGAUACUGGGGUACUAAUGUUGGCGAAAGGAGAUAUUAUCAUCACGCGAAUAUGAACACUGGCCCAUGGCUCACUAUUGACGAAUACUGUGAUGGCCUCAUUGACGCUGGUCUCUCACGAGUCCCUCCAGUAGAUACCGAACCCGAGAGACCAAUCUAUCAUGGCUCGCCUGAAACGCAUUUGGCUCUUCUAGAGCAUACCCGUCCCGUGCUAAAGCAGAUGGCCGCAAAUAUUCAAAUCAGUAAUUCCGCCACACCAUUAUUGUUCCACCCGGACCUGCAUAUGAGGAAUAUAUUUGUUUCGGAAGACAAUCCUUCUACUAUCACUGGCAUUAUUGAUUGGCAAGCAGCCAGCAUCGAGCCGGCGUUUUGGUACUCAGACGAGAUUCCUGACUUUGCAACGGGAAGUGAGAUAUGCACCGAAGCUUUUAAUCUUUGUUCACAGUUUUAUACAGCAAAACUCGCAAAUCCAAGGUUAAUGAAUGAUAACCUUUUUCGACCAUUCCUUUAUUGUUACAGAACAUGGAAGGAUGGCGCGGUAGCCUUACGCCACGAGAUGAUUGAGACUGCUCGGCUUUGGAACGAGCUAGGAUUUGAAGGUCAAUGUCCUUAUCCUUUACCCUCGCGAGAAGAACUUGAGAAACAUGAGAAGGAGUACAGACUUUUUGUGGCGGCACAGAAUCUACGAACUGAUUUAUCUAGCUUGCUAAAUGUCGCGUCGGACGGAUGGGUACCUCCGGAUGGCUGGGAAGCUGCACAGGCAGCCCAGAAGGAACUUUUCAAUGGGAUGUUGCAGGCUGUUUUGGAGAACUCAGAUUCAGAUGAUGAUGAGCCGGUAAGAGAUGAAAAGACUCUGAGGUCAAUCUGGCCAUUUGACAUGAAUCACAAUGACAACAGUUGAGAUCAGAAGGAAGGGACUAUAUGCAGCAUUUCAAUAUAUCUAUAGUCGAUUUCUGUACGUGUGGAGCGACGGCUUGUGGUCUUACGCUUGAUAUUUUGUAGAAACUCGACAUCUGGAAAUAGGUAAUAGGGUUCACUAAAUAGUCCACUAAGUCGAUAGAUGAGCAGGCAAAUGAUGGCUAGACGAGCACCAGUCGAUUG